AUGUCUGGGAAGUCAUUUUCUGAAUCAGAAUUUGACGCUGAUUCGAAUGGUGGUAGUCUUGUCGCUAGCCGUUGCUUUGGUCUGGAGCUAUGGUUGGGUGAAAAUUUGGCGAGAAGGGUGAAAUCCCAACAAAUGUCGAGAAAGUCAUUUUCUGAAUCAGAAUUUGACGGUGAUUCGAAUGGUGGUAGUUAUGUCGCCAGGCGUUGCUUUGGUCCGGAGCUAUGGUUGGGUGAACAUUUGGCGAGAAGGGUGAAAUCCCAACAAAUGUCGAGAAAGUCAUUUCCCGAAUGAGAAUUUCACGCUGAUUCGAAUGGUGGUAGUCUUGUCGGCAGCCGUUGCUUUGGUCCGGAACUAUGGUUGGCUGAAAAAUUGGCAAGAAGGGUGAAAUCCCAAAAAAUCUCUCGGAAGUAAUUUUCUGAAUCAGAAUUUAACGCUGAUUCGAAUGGUGGUAGUCUUGUCGCUAGCCGUUGCUUUGGUCCGGAGCUCUCGUUGGGUGAAAAAUUGGCGAGUAGGGUGAAAUCCCAAAAAAUCUCUGGGAAGUCAUUUUCUGAAUCAGAAUUUGACGCUGAUUCGAAUGGUGGUAGUCUUGUCGCUAGCCGUUGCUUUGGUCCGGAGCUAUGGUUGGCUGAAAAUUUGGCGAGAAGGGUGAAAUCCCAAAAAAUGUCGAGAAAGUCAUUUUCCGAAUCAGAAUUUGACGCUGAUUCGAAUGGUGGAAGUCUUGUCGCCAGCGGUUGCUUUGGUCCGGAGCCACGGUUGGGUAAAAAUUUGGCGAGAAGGGUGAAAUCCAACAAAAUGUCGAGAAAGUCAUUUCCCGAAUGA